GCAGAGAGGGAGAGACAUGUUAGAGACAGUUAAGACUACAGGAACGGCAGGGAGUUAGGGACUAGCUGUCCCUUUUCGGAAUCGCAAAAUGGGCUUCGGCGCCCUCCCGAACGAGAGCAAAGGCGUUUUCCCCGAAAGCAGAGUUCGUUAGCCGUACGAUGACGCCGCCGAUUGGUUUUGUCCCACAGUUAUCGGGAGUUUGAGAUGUGGGAGAUGGUGGUUUCGAAACGAGCGAGGUGCACCCUGUUGUCCAGGACAAGAUGGCAGCGGAGCAGGCGAACUGAGCAUGGUAUGGCUGCGCUAUAACUCCAUAACAUGUUCGGAGAAGUCCUGGAUUUUAUCAGUUCUUACUCUCUGUGAAGGUAUGGCCUCACAAGUCUUGGUCUACCCACCACAUGUUUAUCAAACCCAGACAAGUGCCUUUUGUAGUGUGAAGAAACUGAAAGUAGAGCUCAGCAGCUGUGUUUACCAUGAGAGAGCCUAUCCACGGACCUAUUUGAAUGGUAGAAACUUCAGCAUCGUGCACCCUACCAAUAUCGUUCCUUCCUUUCAGACAAAAGACUCUGUGGGGGUUAGACCCCACGGUGGGCAGAAGUUUUCAUUGCAAGCCUUGAGUGGUGCAAGUGGGGAGCAGGCCCAGGAGGGAGGGGUCCCCUCGCAGGGCAAGGGGAAGCAGCAGGGGGUUGGAGGGCGUUGCAGUGCAGCAGCGUGCACCGGAACCGAAGGCGGAAGAGGUGACGGCAGCCAGGGAAAAAGAGAGGAACAGACGCAGGAGGAGGAAGAAGACAACGAAGAGGAAAACGAAGAAGGUUUGAACUUGACAGAGAGUGCCCAGAGAUGUGGGCUAAAGCGUAAGAGCGAGGACUCAGAGAACCGAAGAAGCGCCAUGCAGAUAGUGGAGGACCUGUCCAUGUUGCCUGCCAUGUUGCAAACAAAUGUGGGGAACCCUGCAGCAGGAGCGGGGCCUAAGCCAGUUGGGGGUGGUGCCGGGGGUGGGGAGGGGGACUAUCAGCUGGUCCAGCACGAGGUGCUGUGCUCCAUGAAGAACACUUACGAGGUGCUGGACUUCCUGGGCCGGGGCACCUUUGGGCAGGUGGUAAAGUGCUGGAAGCGUGGCACAGGUGAGGUUGUGGCAGUCAAGAUCUUGAAGAAUCAUCCAUCGUAUGCGCGGCAGGGCCAGAUAGAGGUAGGUAUACUGGCCCGACUGAGCAACGAGAAUGCGGAUGAGCACAACCUGGUGAGAGCAUACGAGUGCUUCCAGCACCGGAGCCAUACCUGCCUCGUUUUUGAGAUGCUGGAGCAGAACCUUUAUGACUUCCUGAAGCAGAACAAGUUCAGCCCUUUGCCGCUGAAGGUGAUCCGGCCCAUUCUGCAGCAGGUGGCCACGGCACUGAAGAAACUUAAAAGCCUGGGCCUCAUACAUGCUGACCUAAAACCGGAGAACAUCAUGUUGGUGGACCCGGUUCGGCAGCCCUACCGGGUGAAGGUGAUCGACUUUGGUUCUGCCAGCCAUGUCUCCAAGGCUGUGUGUUCCACCUACUUGCAGUCAAGGUACUACAGAGCUCCAGAGAUCAUUUUGGGGCUGCCGUUUUGUGAAGCCAUAGACAUGUGGUCACUGGGCUGUGUGAUCGCGGAGCUUUUCCUUGGAUGGCCGCUGUACCCGGGAGCACUGGAAUAUGAUCAGAUACGUUACAUUUCUCAGACACAAGGGUUACCCGGUGAACAGCUGCUGAAUUUGGGGACGAAAACAACCCGUUUCUUCUGCAAGGAUUCGGAUUCACCCUAUGCUAGUUGGAGACUGAAGACAACAGAAGAACAUGAGGCUGAGACAAGCAUGAAGUCAAAGGAAGCCAGGAAGUACAUCUUCAGCUGUUUGGAUGAUAUAGCGCAUGUGAACUUGGUGAUGAACUUGGAAGGAAGUGACUUGUUGGCAGAGAAGGCUGACCGGAGAGAGUUUGUCAGCUUGCUGAAGAAGAUGCUGUUGAUCGAUGCUGAGAAGAGGAUCACACCAAACGAAGCUCUGAACCACCCGUUUGUCACAAUGCAACACCUUCUGGACUUCCCACAAAGCAACCAUGUCAAAUCUUGUUUCCACAUCAUGGAUGUGUGCCGGUCUCGGUCCAACACGUAUGAUGUAAUAAACCGCAAUAAGACACCAUUUAUGAGGCCUGUCAGCUCGACCAAUGCAGGCAAUCUGACUGUGGCUUUCAACAAGAUGGGCACUGUCCAUACACAAGCUAUAGCACCAUCUGCUCCCUCUGUGAUGCAUCCGGGGAUAUCGUUGCAGACAGGAAGUGCACAAUUUGGCUGUAACGAUUCUUUUCAGCAAGCCUUGAUUCUUUGCCCCCCAGCCAUUCAAGGAGUCCCCCCAAAUCCAAACAAGCCAAAUGGCUACCCAGUGAGAAUGGAAAAUGCCAUGCCACUGGUGACCCAAGCCCCUGCUAUACAGCCUUUACAGAUCCGACCUGGAGUCAUUACGCAGCAGACAUGGUCUAAUCGGGCACAACAGAUUCUGGUCCCAACAUGGCAACAGGUGGCGCCAGUGGCUCCUCCUCCUUCCACAACACUGCCAUCUGACACUGUGGCCGGCCCACAGAGACUGGGAGACUGGGGAAAAGUGCGGCCCCAUGGCAAUCAUUACAAUUCUAUGAUGCCCCAGCCUCUUCUGACUAACCAAAUGACCAUGUCAGCCCACCAGCCAAUAAGCAUAGGCAUCGCACAUGUGGUUUGGCCACAGGCAGCUGCUAGCAAGCGAAACAAGCCCUGUCAAAACAGGACAAAUAAUUUUGUGCACAACACCAAUACCCAAAACUCAGCAUGCCGGUCCCCAAAGAUGCCUGACCCUGUAAAGAAUGUGGAGAAAGAGGAUUGCUCGGAGGCAGGGCGAGAGGCAGAGCCAGAGCCACACGAGGAGGAGCCAAGCUGCUGUGAGGCAGGGCAGGAGACUGAUCAGUUGACUGUCUCCCACAAACAGCGACAGACUAUAGUCAUUGCAGACUCGCCGAGCCCCGCCAUCAGCGUCAUCACCAUAAGUAGUGACACAGAUGAAGAGGCCGAAGACACCCAGAGACACUCGCUGGGGGAGUGUAAAGGCAGCCCUGACUGUGAAGCGUGCCAGAGCACGCUGACCAUGGAACGUGUGUGCUCACUCAGCAGCCCAGAUAGCACCCUGAGCACCAGCUCCUCAGCCUCCGUACAGUCCAGUCCCUCACCUUGCAAGAGGGCCAACAGCAUGUCAGAUGAUGAGCAGGAGAGUGGCUGUGACACAGUGGAUGGUUCGCCAGCCUCAGACUCUUCAGGCCAAAGCGACAGCCCAUUCAUGGAACGCAGAUACUUGAGUGACGGUAACCAGAACCACCAGAGCAACGAGGCUGGUGUGCCCUCUGGGGCGGAAAUCAGCAAGCCCAGCUUGCGCACCAUGGUGGUGCCCCCCAUGAGGGUGCAGAACAACAACUCCAUUACUGAUGAGCAGAUGGCCAACACAGGCUUAGACUCCUCAUGCCAGUCCAAAGGGCGCUGUGCCCCUGGCCGACUGAGCCACCACUCCACCCCUCUCCUCAACCGCCAGCAGAAGGUGACAUCUACAUUUCAGCAGCAGCACCUCGGAUUUGGACAGGUGCAGCAUUACGGCUCCUGCCACCAGGAGUGGAAUGGAAACUACAGCCACCGACGCCAGCAGGCCUACAUCCCACCCACGGUGCACGGGCACACCUUCGCCUUGCCCCAUGGCAGCCCCAACCACACUACAGCACACCCCCACAUGGGGGGGCAUCAGCCCGCCCUUCUCUCCUACCCACCCGCCGGACCUUUGGUCACAGCCGCUCCUGUGGCCCACAUCCUAGCCUCACCCUGCACCACACGGCCCGUCCUGCAGCCAGCUUACAGUAUCUCUCACCCGGGCGGCAUCGUACACCAGGUGACUGUGGGCAUCAACCACCGGCUGCUACCCUCCCCCACCAUCCACCAGAGUCAAUUCAAGCCCCUCUUCCCGCCCCACUCCUACAUCGCCUCACCUGCCUACGCUGGGUUCCCCCUCAGUCCCCCCAAACUCAACCAGUACCCAUACAUCUGAGCUCUGGGCUGGUUCGCAAGCAGGCGGCCCGCCCCUAGCCAGUCUUCAGAUGAAAUGUGUUGGGGCGACAAAAAACAUGGUUUGCAUCUUUAAAGCCAUGGCACAACAGAAAAACAUAUUUUUUGAAUCGUGUAGACUUGGGUGCAAUUGAAACUUUGAGCUUUAAAGAGUUGAAGAAAAAAUGAAUAAAUCAAACUCAAUUUUAAUGUGUUUUGCACAUUUGAUAUACCUUCCCAUUGGAUCUUCUAUGGUUACUCUUCAAAACAGGUGAAUAUCGGGGGUGGAAGUCACCUUUCACUCCCAUUAUUUUUCUAUAUUGCCUUCUAUCUUGUGCAAGACACAUCUCCAUUUGUAAAGCCAUCCCAGUAUCUAGUCCUAGGGCAACAGACGCACACAUGUCUCCAGUGCGGUGUAAUUGUUUGACUAUUCGUACCUUUUCAGUGUCUUCAGUGUUUUCAGUGUCGAGUCACUUAUUGGAAGAGGUUGUUCCUCACGCUGCAUGUCUUUUGCAUGGGCAGAAAAAAUUAAAGGAAAGAUGCCUAGACGUUGCUCUUAUUGUUCGUGUCCUGAGACGCUGCAUUGUAACUCGUUUCCACACAUAGUGCCUUAAAUAUUUGAGGUUGUUAAUGUUACUACUUAUAUAUUAAUGUACUGGACUGCAGCACUUGAAAUUCAAAUCUGUUGACACGGUCUGUCCGUGUAUGUGUGUGUACAUGUCAUUGUGUACACCCCCACACGCAUACAUCUGCAUUGAUGCUAUGUACUGCAUCGAGCAAUGGUUAUGUUUGGGUUCACUGUACAGUAUAUUUGAGAAAUGGAGUUUUUUUUGGUCCCUUUUUGAAAGACGGCAUGCUUUGCUGAAGCAAAUGUUUGCUGUUUGUUUUUGGUUUUUUUCCCCCCGAAUGAACUAGUGUACAAAGAGCAGACAUUAAAUAUUGCUUAAUAUUUGAUAAUCAAUUUCUAUUUAGUAUACUCUUACUAACAGUAUUUAUACUGUUUAAUGAAACUGCAAUACAAUCUAAAUACUUGCUGAUUUUUGUUGUUUUAUUUUGUUUUCCAUUUUUAUUUUUUUGGGUUUCUUUAUUUUUGAGAUAUUUAGACUUGUGGUGGGCAUGGCUUUGGUUAGAUAAAGACAAAAAUGCAAAUAGCUGAAUAGCUUCACGGUUUGGAUUUAUCUUAGCUUGAGCAAACCAUGCAGUAUUUGGUAUUUGAUAUGGUGUGU